AUGUACAACAACCUAUACAGUGUCAAAGACAGCAAGAGAUUCAGCAGUGUGCGAUAUGCCGGUCUAGAACUUUCUCACACCUGCUCGUCUUGGGUGUCCAGCGCACACUACUUCUGGCAGAUCUGCACGCUCCUCCUCGUCGUGCUUGACACGGUCUUGAUCCCUCUGACGCUGGCUUGGCCCGAUGCCAGACAGGAAACAGCGCUGGCCAUCUACUUCCAGGUCGGCCCAGGACUAUGGAGCUUCGAUAUCUGCAUGUCCUUCAUCCCGAGCAUUCUGCGGCUCAUGUGCAAAUGGAGCUUCCCUUCCUUAGGCACGAGAUUUCCUUUGGAUGUGGGCUUGGUGACCUUGGACGUGGUCCUCUUGUUGGAGCUCGUUCAGAACGACAAUCUCCGCCUCUUUAGCCUGCUGCGCCUCAUGCGGAUCCUGAAGUUCCGGGGCGUGAUGAUCGCCUUGGAAAACCGCCUUGCUGCGAAGGGCAACAUGAAAUUUGUGUUGUACCUGACGAUCUUCCAAUGCGUCGCCCAAGUCCUUGCAGUGAACCACAUCCUCGCAUGCCUGCUCUUCUACGUAGGGACGAUCACAUCGGGAGACGAAACAACGGGAGACGAGACAACGCCGUCUCCCGGCGGGUUCAUGGCUCAGUGCACCUGCAGGCAGAGCUUCAACUGGGCAAUUGCUCAGUACACGCCAGCCCCAUUUCCAUACCAGCCCCAGAACGAGCUCGAGCAAGCUGUGAUCAUCGCCGUCAUCCUGACUUGCUUGCCGUUGCUGGGCGCGCAGAUUGGAAAGAUUGGCGGCACUCUGAACUUGCUGAAGGAGAAGGCGAAGGAGAGGGAUACGGUGCGAAGGGAUCUGCAGCGCUGGCUCUUCAAGACCAAUGCUCCUGAGAAGCUGACUCGGAAGCUCCUGGACUCGCUGAGCGAUGUUCUCGAGUCCAAGGAUUCCCCCAUGGAUGUCAAGGAACCGAUCGCGCUCAAGUUCCUGCCCAGCACGCUGCUGGAAGAACUCCACAUCGUGAAGAUCGGUCAGAAGUUGGAGACGCACGACCGUGUGGGCAUCUCUGGCCGAUUGAGUGCGGCGUUCCGAACGAUCAACUCAGUGCAAGGGGAGGAUGUCUUUCAGCAGGGCAAGAGGGCGGAAGGCCUCUUGAUUACGCUGGGAGGGCAGUUCAUGCUGCAUUUGCAGCGAUCUGAUGUGUCGAUGGGUCGCAACAGCCACUCGCAUGAUCCGCUGGAGGGAGGACUCCGGAUUGUGUCUGAUGAAUGGCUUGCUGCCUUGGCCUCAAUUGAUGGUUGGCAGUGGUUUGCGGUGCCGCAAGGCUCACUUCUCUGCUCGUUGAAGUACUCCCCCAACCUUCAUAACCGCGCUGUGGAGGUGCUCAGAGCACCCGUGGCGGAGUUCGUGAAGGCCAUCCAGGCCUCGCCGGGAUCAGUGGUGGCAGUGCACGAGUACGCGCUGAAACUCUUGACCUCCUAUUCGAAGAACCAAGAGGCUCUCCCAAACUGGGAGAUGCUGCUGCCAGAGAUGGUCGAAGACGGCGUCCAGCACACACAGUUGGCAGAUCUGUUGAAUCCGGGAAUGGGCCGAAUGCACAGCUUCAAAACCACGCAGGAGACGAACUUCACGAAUUUGGUGGAGGACCUCUUGCAGCCAGGUCUGGACAACACCGAGCUGGUCCAGCUCAUCAAGGAGAAGUUCCCGGAGCUGCGUGAAGUGAGUGGCAUGUACGCGCUCCUGCAAUUGGAGGCCCCGGUCUCGCGGCUCCUCGCGGACGAGGCCGAGAGAGCCGUCCUCUCCAUUCUGAGCACAAUCUGGAUUCUGAAGGACGACUACAAAAGCAUGGUCGACUGCCAGAAGCCACAGGCUCGCCUGUCUGAGAAGACCUUUGCGUCCAUCCAGGAGUUCCUCGGAGCGAAAGCGAUGAGCUCGGAGCAGUUGACGACUGCCUUUAUCAUCCUUGCCCUCCGCGGCCUGAGCAAGAGCGAGGACUUUGCCAAGCUCUGCCCACCCUCGCAGCGCCGCACACCCGAGCAGGUUCUGAGCUACGCAACCUCCAACUUGGAUGCCUACCUGCCGUCCAUGGCCUGCCUGCGGGGAGAUGCCUACGAUUUCUUGGUGUCCACGGUCCGCAUGCUCGACCAGUUCAACUUCGCACAGUUGCUUCAGGGUGAGAACAAUCCGCAUUCGGUGUGGCAGCUCCAAUGCAGCCUUCAAGAGGAAGGUUUCGAGGUCUUUCAGAUCUAUCUCUUCGUGCAGGUCAGCAUUCUCUGCGGAGUUACCGGCGCGAUCACUUUGCGAGGCUCCAUGUUCCUCAGCGAGUUGAACGGGCGCUCCGUUCUCAAAGGUUUGGCUUGCUUGCGGGACGUGUCGGAAGGGCAGCCGCAAGCCGUCUACUGGAGGUACAUCGCAAGCCGCGCGGAGGCAUUGCACCUCGAGGUGCAAACCCCAAGCCAUCUCGUGCUGGCUAGGCUUGCCUGUCUCACACGAACCGUGGAACCGAAAGCCCUGCAGUCCUUGGCGGCCGACUGGGAUGCCUUAACAGAUGAGGAGCAGGAUGCCCUCUACCAAGUGUUCUUGACAGAUGGCCUCUACAACAAGGCGUUCAUUUUCCUGUAUCUUCCUUUGUUUCUUACCAAUGCGGUGGCAAAUCAAGACCUGGGCCUUCGACGAGGCCUGCAGUUCCUCGUCGAGCUCUACACAAAGCUGGUGAACCACCGCUGCCUAAACCAAGAGGCUUUUACGGUCAAGGUGGACAUCUCCUCACUGGCAUCCCUGGCGAAAGAGAUAGAUGAUGUACGUUUGCUGAGGAAAUGCCUGGACUAUUCCCGCAUUGUCAAGCAUGCGCAUGGAGUGACGGUGCUCCUCACAGCGGAGAGCUACCAGAUCCUUUCAGGCCAGCUGGUGGCAGAGGACCGCAAAGCUGAACUGCUGGAGCGCGUGUACGCCCAGCAGCGGAUGCUGGCAGAGGCCCUGAUGCCUGUGGCGAAAAUACCUUCCCUUGUCCUGAACGGGAAGAAGAGCAUCGAAGAGGUGGUGACAGAUACGUUUUGA